ACCAACACUCACGUCCCUCGACUUUUGUCCUUUCGCUCCUCAACACCACAGCAUGCCAUCUGAUGUCCGCCUCACUCACUCGCAUCGACUUCCUGGGCCAUCACACUCCAUCAAUCUCUACAAUGGCACUCAUCUCCCCUCUCAGCCCUUCACGGUAAACGCCUCCUCCGGUCCAUCAACACAGCGCAUCUCUCAGGUUGCGCUAGAGGAAGCAGAAGGCGUUGCCUCAGGUAGCAGCCACGUCUCUUCCUAUGCUCCAUCUUCCGGUCGCUUUCCAUCUACGUAUGCUGAUCAAGGAGUGCUGGCUAGGCAUAAGCGUGAGACACUCGAGAGGGCUGUCGAGGCAAGAGGUGGGGCAGGGGUGACUGGCAAGAGGGGGCACGCCUGGGGACGCGAUGGUGACGAAGAUGCGUGGGGUUGGGAUCAUGAAGACAUCUACAUCCGGCCCUCGCUCCUCCCGACCCACUCUUCCGCUUAUGGAGGAGCAGACGAUCCACUCCCCUCAGAGCAGCACAUCUCCUACCCGCUCGGCAGACCGAUAGAGCCACGACCUCCGAACACGCAUCCGCGUGCCUUACUACCUCAUCACGUCCAGGUCAGUCGCGUCUUUCUUGCUGAGGCGGCUGCGUGGAACAGCGGGAUAGGGCAGGGAGCGGAGGCUGGAGCAGGAGCGGCAAGCGGCGGAGGAGGGCAACCGAGCGCGCCUGCUCAUAGUGGGCAGGUAGGGACGACAGAUCAAGCUACAGGAGGAGGGGGACGGGACGAAGCCCUCUGGAAGCCUCUAACCGGAUUGCCGGCGUACCUCGCCAGCCUGAAGCCGGCAGCAGUAGCCGCCUCCACAACUCAAGGGGCCUCUGCAGGCGGGAGCAGCAGGGCAAUUCAAGCGCAUGCAUGUGGUUCGUGGCCCUUUGUCAAUUUUGGUCCAGGGACAUCCCUUGUGAGGAGGAGGGAUGAGGACGAUUGGGAUGAUGCCAACUCAGGACCAGGCACAGCGGCUGCCGCUGCGAGAGAAGUGUGGCUGGAGCACGACUUUGAGCGAUUGCUGCCGCUGGGGAGGGAGGGGGACCCGCUUGAAUAUCUUGCGACGAGCGCCUCGAGGCAAGCAGCGGCGCCAAUCUCGAGCAACACCGCCGCCGCUGGUGCUACAGACGAGGCUUCCACCUACCUGGAUCGCAUCGACACGGAAAUGACUCAACGCCUCCUCACUGCGCAGAAGGGAAGUGCCGGGCAGGAGGUGCACAAGGAGGAGUCGGAAGCGUCUGCACAGCUGAAGAAGCUCUUUGCGAGCGGGUCGAGCCCAGCUCUGCCUGCGAUCACGCGCUCACAAGGGCGUCACGCUCAAGAUGGCCGCCAGAAGCAGCAGAGCCGGCCGCUGCCCAGCCUUUUGCUCGACCGAUUUGGCGGGGACGCGGAGGAGUUGAGGGCAUUGCUUGUUGCUUCGAGCGGCGGAGGAGCGACGCCGAGGGACCAGGCGGGAUCGUCAUCUACCUUGCCGGGCGACAGGGGUAUUGAGAGUGAGUGGGUUAGGCGGGCGAGGAAGGCGAGAGAGGCGACAAUGGCCUCGACAGCGACGGUGACAACAUAAGCAGGACAAGGGAUAUAUACCAAUUGCGAAUACCAGCAUGAUUAGCAACACCAAACAUCGAAGCUCUCCGCCGCUACGGGAAGAAGAAGCGCCAAAAUGGCUUGACGAUGAUAAUCGUCACUAGAAGGGCACAGAGCAGGAUGAGGAAAAGGAUGCACUGUCCUCUCCCCGUCCGCCUCUGCGUCCUCGUAGCGACCUUGAGCUCCUCAUCCGCUCUUUCCAUGUCUCUUGCCAUGCUCUCGAUGUUGUAGUCGAUGCGAUCCACAAGUGAGCCCUGAUCCAGAACG